AGUGAACAGGGAAUAAUUGCACAUAAACCUCUAAUAAUAGAAGAAGACACUUCCAAUGGAGUCCAACGGGGAGAACAGCGUGCAUUAUGACCGCUGGAAUGAGAGCAACAUCAACAUGAACGUAGCAGCUUCAGAGUCUACUGGAAGGAGGCUCUACAACAGAGUGUGCACUGGAUACACCGGGAUCGUGCUGAAGGCUGUUGGAGCGUUAGCUGUACUGGUGGUGAUUUACGUCAUUGGUUAUGUGACAGGAUAUUAUGUCCAUCGGUGCCCAAAGUAAAGAGUGUUUGAAAUUUUGUGAUAUUGUACAUUGACCUAACCAGAGCACUGUCUGCAGAAUACAGAAUAAUAUUUUUUUUCAAGAAAUUGGAAAAUUAAGAAAAUUACAGAAAAUAUUUUUGAUUGAAAUGUAAUCCCUAUUGUACGAAUGUAUUUCUUGGAUUUAGCAUGAUGUACUUUUGACACUUUACUUGUAGUAAAGUGCAGUUAAAGUUCAAAUAAAAAACUACUGACACGAUUUUAAGAAUAAAGGGCUUACAUAAAUGAUGACGUGUAGCUGCAUUUUAACAUGUAGUGUCAACAGAUGCUAAACAUUGCAUUGUGUUCUGUUUAUUGUGUUCAUGAAAUUACACACAACAAAAGACUUCCCAAAGUGGGAGGAAAUAAAAUGCAUUUGCCAACUG